CAUUGAGAGUAAGUCUGCAAUGCUCUUACCCUUUGAAGAGUUUCAAGGGAAGGGGAUUUCUUAUUUCUCUUCUUUCUCUUCUUCUUCCUCCUCCUUCUUCCAACCACCGUCGCCGCUUUUGAGCCGCCGCAAAACCAUAGUUGGAGGAGAGGAAGUUCCCACAGCGGAGCCUAACUCUGUUCUUGACGCCCUGAUUAGCCCUACCUCCUCCUCCACGGUGUCUUCCUCUCACGGCGGUAACAGCGCCGUCGGAGGCGGCGGCGUCGCCACCACCGAUGAGCAUUGCGGACAGGUUGUGUUGGGUGAUUGGGAGCAAGUGCCUCAUGACCAGGAACAGAGCAUUCUCAGACUCAUCAUGGGAGAUUCCACAGAUCCCUCCCUUGAACUCAACAGCAUUCUCCAGACAUCUCCCACCUUUCACGACUCUGAUUACGCAUCACCUGGAUUCGGAGUCGUCGACACCACCGGAUUCGCUUUAGACCACCACUCUGUUCCCGGCCUUCUGAUCAACCAAAGCCAGACUCACUACACACAGAAUCCGGCGGCCAUCUACUACGGGCAUCCACCGGCGAAGCGGCUCAACCCUGGCCCCAUAGGGCUAACGGAGCAGCUGGUCAAGGCAGCAGAGGUGAUAGAGAGCGGCGGCGGCGACACGUGUCUAGCUCAGGGGAUAUUGGCGCGGCUCAAUCAACAGCUCUCUUCCCCAGUCGGGAAGCCAUUGGAAAGAGCAGCUUUCUACUUCAAAGAAGCUCUAAACAAUCUCCUCCACAACGUCUCCCAAACCCUAAACCCUUACUCCCUCAUCUUCAAGAUCGCCGCUUACAAAUCUUUCUCCGAGAUCUCUCCCGUUCUCCAGUUCGCCAACUUCACCUCCAACCAAGCCCUCCUCGAGUCCUUUCAGGGCUUCCAUCGCCUCCACAUCGUCGACUUCGACAUCGGCUACGGUGGCCAAUGGGCCUCCCUCAUGCAGGAGCUCGUUCUCCGCGACAACGCCGCUCCCCUCUCCCUCAAGAUCACCGUUUUCGCUUCUCCGGCGAACCACGACCAGCUCGAACUUGGUUUCACUCAGGACAAUCUCAAGCACUUCGCCUCUGAGAUCAACAUCUCCCUUGACAUCCAAGUUCUCAGCUUAGACCUCCUCGGCUCUAUCUCGUGGCCUAACGAGUCGGAGGAGAAAGAAGCCGUCGCCGUUAAUAUCUCCCCCGCGUCCUUCUCGCAACUGCCUUUGGUCCUCCGUUUCGUGAAGCAUUUAUCUCCGACGAUCAUCGUCUGCUCCGACAGAGGAUGCGAGAGGACGGAUCUGCCCUUCCCGCAGCAGCUCGCGCAGUCGCUGCACUCACACGCCGCCCUCCUCGAAUCCCUCGACGCCGUCAACGCAAACCUCGACGCAAUGCAGAAGAUCGAGAGGUUUCUGAUACAGCCGGAGAUAGAGAAGCUGGUGAUGGAUCGUAGCCGUCCGAUAGAAAGGCCGAUGAUGACGUGGCAAGCUAUGUUUUUGCAGAUGGGGUUCUCGCCGGUGACGCACAGUAACUUCACGGAGUCUCAGGCGGAGUGUUUGGUUCAACGGACGCCGGUGAGAGGCUUUCACGUCGAGAAGAAACAUAACUCUCUUCUCCUUUGUUGGCAANGAAGAAGACAUUGA